CACUUUCUCUUCUACCCCUACCUUAACCACUUUCUCUUCUCCAGAUUCCAAUCAUACAGCUGAAAGUCAAAAACCCAAAGUACAAUCAUUGAAAAUCAACGAACAAAACCUAGACAGAUCACCCCUCAAUUACAGUGUCCGCCAUUGAUGCUCGGCUAGAAAGCAAAAAAAUAAAAUCAGAAAAAUCGAAGAAGAUGACGCUGAAACUGUAUGCCGAUCGUAUGUCCCAACCUUCGCGCGCAAUUAUAAUCUUCUGCAAAUUGAAUGGGAUAGAUUUCGAAGAAGUGAAAAUCGACCUUUCCAGGAGGCAGCAUUUAACUCCUGAAUUUCGAGAAAUAAAUCCAAUGAAGAAAGUGCCUGCGAUGGUGGAUGGAAGGUUCAAGCUUUCUGAGAGUCACGCGAUUCUGAUGUACUUGGCUUGUGUCUUUCCCGGAGUUGCUGAUCAUUGGUACCCUGCCGACGUUUUCACGAGAGCAAAAAUUCACUCGGUGCUGGAUUGGCAUCACUCGAAUUUACGUCGUGGGGCAGCUUCAUAUGUACUAAAUUCGACACUUGCACCUGCACUUGGGCUGCCUCUGAAUCCAGAAGCAGCAGCCGAAGGAGAGAAACUUCUUUCGGCCUCUCUUAUGAAGAUUGAAACUGUGUGGCUUAAGGGAAAAGGUCGAUUCUUACUCGGGAGCUUCCAACCUUCGAUUGCUGAUCUUAGUUUAGUGUGUGAAAUCAUGCAGCUUGAGCUUGUGGAUGAGAAGGAUCGAGAACGAAUAAUGGGCCCACACCCAAAAGUUUUGAAAUGGAUCGAUGAUACAAAGAAAGCAACGAGGCCUCAUUUUGAUGAAGUACAUUCAAUCCUUUUCAAAGUUAAAGAGAAAAUGAAGAAGCUGCAAUCUGAUGGAAGUGUGGGUGAGUCCACAAGAAAAACUUCUCCUCGCUCUAAGAUGUAAAUGCACUCGAGAAAAACGAAUGGCUUUGUGUGGCCUUUUGUAAUUUCUGUGUUCUUACGAAUGUAAUCCUUGAAAUGAUAUUUUUUUUCAAAAGAAUUUCGUUGAAAAGUGAUUGUUGUACUAAUUUUCUUGGAUUACAUUUAAUCAUGUUCGUCACAUUUCAUGUUGGAUGGGGAAUAAUCGUAGAACAUUA